UGUGUGUGUGUAUAUAUAUAUAUAUUAAUAUUUUACAUCUGUAUUUGCGUGUGAGUGAUUUGCUUCGCUUCGAUAUAUAGUGAAAAAAAGGAAGAAAGAAGAAUUGUCGAUCUGUGUAACGGCUACUUUGAGCGUGUUGUUGAAGAAGUGAAUACUUGAGAUUAAGGGUAAAAAAGGGUGUGAUUUGAUUCAGUUUUUGAAGGGAAGCAGAAGAAAAUGGAUUGCAACUACGAUCGUGACAGGGAGCCUUGGAAUUGGCAUGACGAGAAUUAUGGUGUUCAAAAGAACAACGAUCUUGGUGCUUCCCAAGGUGCAUGGACUCAAGUGACCUUGAACGAGGAAGACCUUUCCUGCAUGUUUGAUGAAACAACCCCUGUUAAGGAAUGUGGGGAUCUGUCAUACCGAAUUACUCAUAAAGACAAUAUGAGUAAGGAAUCAGAGGAUAUUGGGGAGACUGCUUCUCAAUUUAAAAGACGUAGAAUGCUUCAGUUCGAAACUCAUGCAGCAGAUUCUUCCCUUGUGUGUGACGAGAUGCCUUCUGCUUUCCUGAAAUCAAGGGAAAGGGAUGAUUUCAUUGAAGAGGUCUUACCCAAUGCAUCUGAGUGGGUUGCUGGAUUUUCAGAAGAUGCGUCAGCCUCUGGUUAUGAUGGCCUAGAUCAGUCAUGUGAAGGUUGGCUUGCUGAAUAUUUUAAUGAUGCAGAUAUGCUUCUGAGCUCUGAUGAUAUGAAUCUUGCCGGUGCAUCUGAUGUUCAAGUUGAUACAUCAGGGUUCUGCCAUGACCAAUCUGACUCUGGAGCUGAUGCUAUUCGAAAGCAGGAAACUCGAACUAUCGGAAAUGUUGUUCUCAAAGGCCGGAAAUCUUUCAUUCGGAGGCCCCCCAAGGUAGCAUCAGCUGUUGCAUACCCAUUUGCUUUCAUUAAACCCUGUGGUUUCCACGGAGAUGUUACGUUGAAGGAUAUAAACCAGCGAAUCCAAACUCCGCCACCAGCAAAACCAAACCAAAGCAAUGAAGAUCUUGCGGAUGCUUUCCCUACUUCUGCAUUUUCCGGGAAGCCUGUUGUUGGCAAAACUAAAAUUCGCACCGAAGGUGGAAAAGGCAGCAUCACAAUUAUGAGAACCAAAGGCUGAGUAGAUAAUUGUUAUUAUGAAUUUUUUGGCCCCCUU